AUGGCGGCUGAUGCACUGACGAACAAGGAACUUGACGCAGUCAUGAAUCUGGAAUCAGAAGGUCGACUAAUUGACGACGUUGUUGACUUCUUGGAAAGCGAUCUUGACAAAGGAGGGCAAGACGAGAAAGUUGAAAAGGUCGAAUACUGCUACGCUAAGUUUCGCGAGUUGUUUAUCGACCCUCUAGCGGUUGCGUUCUCAAAGUUUGAAGAAAUCAUGAUGAUGGACGCUGACACGACGUUCUUUGUGAUGGAGAAGCAGCUUGUUUACCUCCCUGAGUCAGAUCACACAGCGUACAACAACGAAGCGUGGCAUCGCCAUGCCGCUCUAUAA